AUGCCCAGUACUCGUACCUCCGAGGAACCAUUACAACAACCUAUACCCGAAAUAGAACGUUUUAUUCAUUUUAAACGUCGAAUCCGCGAACUUCAAAACCUCUUACCUAUGGCUAACAACGCACGUCCUCUUAGGGACUACGCCGUUCCUUCCGAAGAAGAACCGCAUUCGAGCAUCGCGCCCCCUAACAUCGAAGCAAGAAACUUCGAGUUGAAACCCGCUUUGUUGCAAAUCGUGCAACAAAACCAGUUCUCUGGUUCCCCUACGGAGGAUCCCAACCUCCAUUUAUCAGUGUUUGUGCAGUACGCAGACACGAUCAAAGCCAAUGGUGUCGAACCCGAAGCAAUACGACUCCGUCUUUUCCCGUUCUCUUUAAGAGACAGAGCUAGAGCUUGGCUCCAAGCUCUACCUUCGAACUCCAUCACUACAUGGAACGAACUGAAGAAGCAAUUCUUGGCUAGAUAUUUCCCGCCAAGUAAGACAGCUAUGCUAAGAGCCCAAAUCAACGGAUUUAGGCAAAAAGAUGGAGAAUCACUCUUCGAAGCUUGGGAAAGAUACAAGGAUAUGAUGAGACUCUGUCCACACCACGGUUUAGAACAAUGGCUCAUAAUCCAUACCUUCUAUAACGGGCUGCUUUAUAACACAAGACUAACCAUAGAUGCAGCCGCCGGUGGAGCACUGAUGGAUAAACCAUACCAAGAAGCCACCCAGCUUAUAGAAAACAUGGCCCAAAACCAUUAUCAAUGGGGAAGCGAACGCGCUGCUAUGGAGAAAUCCCAAACAAAAGGCGGUAUAUACGAAGUAAGUGGCAUAGACCAUGUCAACGCCAAAGUAGAAGCCCUUACUCAAAAGUUUGAGAGUUUAACCCUGCCAACCACAUCCACCGUAGCUGCAAUCCAACCAAAUUGCGAAGUAUGUGGAAUCCCUGGUCACGUACCAUCUGAUUGUUCUAUAUUAGCCGGACUCGACCAAGUGCAUUAUGCCGCUCUGUCCAAUAACUAUAAUCCUGGCUAUAAGAACCAUCCUAACUUAUCUUAUAUGAACAAUAAUACACUCAAUCCUACUCAAGCACCUCCAGGUUACCAAAAGCAAGGAGCACAACCAGCCGCACCUUAUCCACCAAGGAAGUCUAACUUCGAUAUUAUGAUGGAAAAAUUCUUAAACCAAAACAUUCACACUAAUGAAUUGGUAAAACAAUUAGCAACUAAGGUAGAUGCCCUAGCCACCCAUAACAAAAUGCUAGAAACACAGAUUUCCCAGGUGGCACAACAACAAGCAACUAUUGCCGCCCCAGCUGGCACAUUUCCAGGACAACCCGAGCCUAACCCAAAAGGGCAUGCGAAUGCCAUACAUGCUAUAAUCACAAGAAGUGGAAAGGAGUUGCAAGGACCACCUGAUUCUGGAGUAAAAAACUCAGAAAGCGCUAAGAUAACCAACAAGGAAGCCGAGAGUAGUGAACCACCAAAAGAGCCUGAGAAAGAAUCCGAAAAUCCCCAAUUAGGAGAUAAGGAGGGGACAACUAAAAAGCUUACACCUGCUGCACCACCUGUUUACAAAACACCUAUCCCUUUUCCUCAAAGAUUAGCUAAGACUAAAACUGAAGGACAUUUUAAGAAAUUUGUAGAACUUCUGAAGCAACUAAACAUAACCAUACCUUUCUCAGAAGCAAUAACGCAAAUGCCAACAUACUCAAAAUUUCUUAAAGAAAUUCUAUCAAACAAGAGGAAAUUAGAUGAGGAUAGUACAGUCGCACUUACCGAAGAAUGCAAUGCAAAGACUUCGAGAGAACACCAAAGAAGGAUAAACCCUAUCUUAAGCGAAGUAGUUAAGAAAGAAGUGCUGAAACUCUUAGACGCAGGCAUAAUAUAUCAAAUAUCUGAUAGUAAGUGGGUCAGCCCUGUUCAUGUAGUACCAAAGAAGGGAGGACUAACAGUUGUCAAAAACGAGAAGGGAGAAUUUGUACCUAAGCGAGUGGAAUCAGGAUAUAGAAUGUGUAUCGACUAUAGAAAAUUAAACAAAGCCACUCGGAAAGAUCAUUUUCCUUUACCGUUCAUUGACCAAAUGCUCGAGCGUCUAGCUAAACACUCCUAUUUUUGUUAUUUAGACGGAUACUCUGGAUUUUUCCAAAUCCCGAUACACCCCGACGACCAAGAAAAGACCACCUUCACAUGCCCUGUAGGUACCUUUGCCUAUAGACGUAUGCCUUUUGGAUUAUGUAACGCCCCUGCAACCUUCCAACGAUGUAUGAUGGCGAUAUUCGCAGAUUUUAUAAACAAUAUCAUGGAAGUAUUCAUGGAUGAUUUUUCUGUGUAUGGGGAAAGUUUUGAAGGAUGUCUCGCUAAUUUAGAAUUGGUAUUACAAAGAUGUGUUAAAGUCAACCUAGUACUCAAUUGGGAGAAAUGUCAUUUCAUGGUUCGUGAAGGACUAGUCUUAGGACAUAUAGUUUCUAAUAGAGGAAUAGAAGUGGACAAAGCUAAAAUUGAAGUAAUAGAAAACCUUCAACCUCCAAAAACCAUUAGGGACAUAAGAAGUUUCUUAGGACACGCAGGUUUUUAUCGUAGAUUCAUAAAAGACUUCUCUAAAAUAACUAAACCCUUAACAGGCCUUUUAAUGAAAGACGCCGAAUUCAUCUUCGACGACAAAUGUAUGGAAGCAUUCCAACACCUCAAGCAAGCCUUGAUUUCCGCACCUAUAAUGCAACCUCCUGAUUGGAGUGAACCAUUCGAGAUUAUGUGUGACGCCAGCGAUUACGCCGUAGGAGCCGUUCUAGGACAAAGAAAGGAUAAAAAGCUACACGCUAUCUACUAUGCAAGUAGAACUCUAGACGCGGCACAACUAAACUAUGCUACCACCGAAAAAGAACUCUUAGCUGUCGUAUUUGCAAUCGACAAAUUCCGCUCAUAUUUGGUAGGAUCUAAAAUCAUCAUUUACACCGAUCACGCAGCAAUCCGAUAUCUUAUGAGUAAGAAAGAUGCAAAACCAAGACUUCUAAGAUGGAUAUUGCUGCUACAAGAGUUCGACCUAGAAAUCAAAGACAAGAAAGGCAUAGAAAAUACGGUAGCUGACCACCUGUCUAGAAUAGAUGAUAUUAGGGAAGAACAUACCCCAAUUAACGAUGACUUCCCUUCUCGCGAUGAGAAAAUAGAUACCAUUCUAGUCCAAACUACAGCCCCCUGGUACGCUGAUUAUGUUAACUACAUAGCUGCCGGAAUAAUGCCACCUGAAUUAUCUUAUCAACAAAAGAAGAAAUUUUUCCAUGAUGUUAAACAAUUUUACUGGGACGAGCCCCUUUUAUUUAAAAGAGGCGCCGACGGAAUUUUUCGUCGAUGCGUCCCGGAAGAAGAAACAAGUGGCCAAGUAGAGAUCUCUAAUAGAGAAAUCAAAACAAUCCUAGAAAAAACCGUAUCCACUUCUAGAAAGGAUUGGGCCACCAAACUGGAUGAUGCACUUUGGGCAUAUCGAACCGCCUAUAAGACACCCAUAGGGACAACUCCAUUUAAACUCAUCUACGGAAAAUCUUGCCAUUUGCCGGUAGAAUUAGAACAUAGAGCCUAUUGGGCAAUUAAAAAUCUUAACACGGACUAUCAGGCUGCCGGAGCAAAAAGAAUGCUAGAACUAAACGAGCUAGAUGAACUUAGGCUAGAUGCUUACGAAAAUGCCAAGAUUUAUAAAGAGAGAACUAAAAAAUGGCAUGACGGGCACAUACUAAGGAAAGAAUUCAAGGAAGGAGAACUCGUACUCCUCUUCAACUCUAGGCUAAGGCUAUUUCCUGGAAAACUUCGUUCCAGAUGGUCAGGACCGUUUAAAAUAACUAAAGUCUUUAAAAAUGGGGCCGUAGAAAUCAAGAGUAAAUCAAACGCAACAUUCAUUGUUAAUGGACAGCGUUUAAAACACUACUAUUUCCCCAACGACGGAGAUCACUACUCAAGUUUAAAGUUAGAUGAUCUCCCACCUGAAACCUAG